CAUCGGAAGCGCUUGUCAGAUUACGACGUCCACGACCCAACCGACACUUACACCCACGUGUAUUCUGCCAUUGUACCCUUCACUUGUUGUUUCAGCACGCACACAGUAUCACCUGCCAUGGAUCUCGAUAUAUCAAUGUCUAUGGAGGAGGACAACUACGCUCUAUAUUUCGAUAUGGAUGAUGAGCACUUUGCGUGGCGCGACCCUCGGCCUCAAGAAAUCGAGAUGCGACGCGCACACAUGUCCGACGUGCUCAUCUUCGACAUACUCCUUACAUCAGGCGGUAUCCGACAUCCUGAAACGCUCUACCCUCCGCGUAGCCCAGACGGCCUGAGGCGACUAUUAGAAGCAAUUUCCCAUUCGCAAUUCGAUGCCCUGAAGAAGGAUUGUCUCGUGUACUUCCUCCUGAAGUGGCAUCAGGAUGGCCGGGAGAGCGAUUUCAGUAAAGUGAAAGCCAUUCUGCCCCAGUUCACGGCCCUCUCAGAUGCGUAUUGGCAUCUGGAUUCGGGUAUCCAUAUACAGAAAGCCGUGUCCAUCCUGAGUGACGCGCGUCUGAAUCGUGACUACACGUCCAAAGUCAUUGAAGCAUUGUCACUGUCUGAAGACUCGCACGCCCUCAUCCGACGAUACAUCAGGACAGCUAAACCACUUUUGACGGAGCCUGACGAUAUUGACGCGUACACGAUUGCGUUGGCAGAGUCGAGCCUUCUAGAAGCGUGGUCGUACCAGCGUUCGUUCUCUGAAGCGAGCGAUACGCGCGAACGCCUCAUACGCAAAAUCUUGGACUGGUGUCUCACGCCACCACGCAAGACCCCAUUAACGCACCUUGUCGCGUUUCCCUUCUCCGGCUACGAGCAAGACCUCGUUCACGGCUAUGCCCUCGACCCCCCUUCCCACCUUCCCGUGUCCUCCAUUCCCAUUAUCCAGGACCUCGUCUGCGUGCGUCUCGUGCAAAGCGGGCAGCACGCUGCCGCCAUCAAGCUCGACCGCCAAUUCUCGUCCGUGUCGCGUGGCGGUGACAAGGGCCAGAAGGCGGCGCACGAGCGCAGGCAAAUGAUGGACGAGCUCAUGGCCACGAUGCCUGCUGCGGAGCGCAACCUCCUUGAGCUCGAGCUGGAGCAAUUUGCGCAAGGUCGCGGCAUUAGCGGAGACAAGGGCAAGGGCACUAGUAAGGGGGGCAAGACGGCGGAAUUGAGCGCGAGUAUGUCUUGGGAGCACAUCGCGCCAUCCCCCAGCGCGAGCGUCAUCAAAACCACCGUCAUGCCCCCUACCCCGCCUAUACCGCAGCGGUCGAAUGCGCCACGUUUCGGCGGCCCUGCACCGAUCGCUCCUGCGGUAGAAGAGGUAUUCCCGUCGAUAUCCCGCAUGGGCCCGCCCAUCACUGCUGGCACGUCCUCGUUUCCCCCUGCACCACAAAUGCCCAAGCCACCCUCGGCCCCCCUCACAUUCGGCGGCAUCACAAUUCAGCCCUCUGCUUCCGCCGCUUCAACGACUACCAACGGCUGGCUAUCUAAGGCUUCUGCGCCAAACGGCUCCGCAAUCCCAAGCAUAUUCGGUUCUGGGAAGUCUCUAUUCGACACCGCAGGUAGCGCGAACGCCGCCCCGAACGCGUUCUACCAGCCACCCCCAGCCGCCUCUACGAGUGCGAAACGUCCCAACCUCUUCGCAUCUCUCUCCCGGCCCACGCCUGUGUCUGUGUUCUCCGAGCUCGGCAAUACCUCGAUCUCGGGGAAGUCCAAGCCUGCGAAGGGUCGAAUGUCUGUCGGGGGCGCAGACGCGGAGGCGAGCGCGAACCUGUCCGUGUCCUCGAUAAGGGGCCCGCACGACGCAGACAUCAGCAUGCUUUCCGAGCUCUCUGACGGCGAGAGCGAUGAUGCGCGGGGCGUGGGAGGCAACCCGGAUGAGUCCGCCUCCGUGGCGCGCCACUUGGAGGAUAGCGCGGACAUGGAUGUCUCUGGAGAGUUCUCCGUCUCCGUCUUCCGCCGCAGCAGGGACGAGGAGGCUGGCUCGAGCUCGAGGAAGAUCGCGACGAAUAGCGGGGCGAGGCUCGCGAGGACCCAGACAGAGGCGAUGUUGCCUCCUGGGGCGUUCUUGCCUGAAGAUGAUGGUGAGGGCGAGGGCUAUGGGGAGAAGGAGCAGGAACGAAGCGCGUCUACGGGUAGAGGCAAGGUCAAGCGCAUGCGUGCCACCGUGAACGCACGGGGAGCAGCCCGCGACCCCCCGCCAGAGCCUGAACCUGCAUACGAACCCGAGCCGGAGCCUGUGCGCACGAGGACGUCGACGCGCUCCCGUCGGUCCGUCAAGGACCAAAAUCUCGGCCGGAGCAUCCCGGGAGGGUUGAUGGACGAGUCGGACGCGCAAGAGGAGGAUGAAGAAGAGGACGACAUCGCGCCCCUCCCCGCGCCUACCCCUGCACGCCGCACGACACGCAGGACGCGUUCGUCUGAUGUCGCUAGUGCUGCGCCGGUCACGAGGAGGUCGAGCAGGUUGUCUGCAGCGGGAGGGAGCGUGGGUUCGUCCUCGCCCGAGCCUAUGUCGCCUGUCAGAUUUGGUAGGAGGAAGAGCACAAGGGCGGGGGCGCAACCGCCGCUGCUCAAGACGCCGAGUGCGGGGGCAAAGACGAGGAAGAGAAAAGCGUAGCUACGUAGUUGGACCGUUCGCUCGUGAGAGGAUAGUCAAAUCUGCUUUGUGACUCUCGGUUGAUGUCAUAACUGUCGAGGGUGAUUCCCUCAGAACGCUCGCACUGGUGUGCUCUUUAUGGAGAGGUGGGAGGCGUUCUAUUGAUGGGAUACACAGAGGCGAAAGACGCGACGAAUACAAG